GUGAUUUUGGUACUUCUGGGCUUCCGUAAACCCGGAAGCAGUCGUUUCACAAGCAGCUAGGGUCCCGGCGUGACUUUCACCGGGGUGUCAGCAGCACCGGGGUCAUCUAAACAGGGCAAUACUACGACCAAGCUGUACUCCACUGAGCUGUUGCCGAGAUGAGGGUGUUAAAAGCAGGCAUGUUUUUAGCUAAAACGCAUCUUUCGGCGCGAGGAACCGUCACACUUAAAAAGGUGCUCAUCAACAGCUGCCGGAGCUGCUCCUCCGGUGUCUUUCCAAGCGAGAGGAUCCGCAACAUCGGGAUCUCCGCUCACAUCGACUCUGGGAAAACCACCCUGACCGAGCGCGUGCUCUACUACACCGGCAGGAUAGCAGAAAUCCAUGAGGUGAAGGGGAAAGAUGGCGUUGGAGCCACUAUGGACUCCAUGGAGUUGGAGAGACAACGAGGCAUCACCAUCCAGUCAGCUGCUACAUACACCGUGUGGAAAGAUUACAACAUCAACAUAAUUGACACGCCAGGUCACGUGGACUUCACCAUCGAGGUGGAGCGUGCGCUGCGCGUGCUGGAUGGAGCCGUGCUGGUUCUGUGCGCGGUGGGAGGCGUCCAGUGUCAAACCAUGACGGUAAACAGACAAAUGAAACGCUACAGCGUCCCCUUCCUCACCUUCAUCAACAAGCUGGACCGAAUGGGCGCCAACCCCGGACGAGCCCUGCAGCAGAUGAGAUCCAAACUGAACCACAACGCAGCGUUUGUGAACAUCCCCAUCGGGCUGGAGGGGAACAUGCGUGGCAUCAUUGACCUCAUAGAGGAGCGGAGCAUGUAUUUCGAAGGACAGUUUGGGCAAACUAUGCGCUAUGAUGAGAUCCCGGCAGAUUUUCGAGCUGAGGCCGCAGACCGCAGGCAGGAACUGGUGGAGUGUGUCGCCAAUGCUGAUGAAAUCUUGGGAGAGAUGUUCCUGGAGGAAAAAAUUCCAACCAAAGAUGAUCUGAAGGCAGCAAUCCGCCGGGCUACGGUGCAGCGUCUCUUCACCCCAGUGUUGGUGGGCACAGCGCUGAAGAACAAAGGUGUCCAGCCUCUACUGGACGCCGUCCUGGAUUACCUGCCCAACCCCAGUGAAGUCAAAAACUACGCCAUCCUCAAUGAAGAAGAUUCCACUGAAACCAAAAAGAUUCAAAUGGACCCAACGAGAGACUCUGCAAACCCCUACGUUGGUCUGGCUUUCAAACUGGAGGCCGGGAGGUUUGGUCAGCUGACGUACAUACGAGUGUAUCAAGGCUGUCUGAAGAAGGGAGAAUAUAUUUACAACACACGCACAAGCAAGAAAGUCAGAGUUCAGAGGCUCGUGCGUCUUCAUGCUGAUCAGAUGGAGGAUGUGGAUGAGGUUUAUGCGGGAGAUAUCUGUGCCCUGUUUGGAAUCGACUGUGCCAGCGGAGACACUUUCACAUCCAAGACAACUGCUGACCUGUCCAUGGAGUCCAUUCACAUCCCUGAACCUGUCAUUUCCAUGGCGAUGAAGCCAGCCAACAAGAACGACCUGGAUAAAUUCUCUAAAGGAAUCAACCGUUUCACCAGAGAAGACCCGACGUUUAGAGUGCAUUAUGACACUGAGAACAAAGAAACCAUCAUCUCAGGCAUGGGCGAGCUGCAUCUGGAAAUCUACUCACAGAGGAUGGACAGGGAAUACAACUGCCCCUGUGUGAUGGGAAAACCCAAAGUAGCUUUCAGAGAGACGAUCACCAGUCCCGUACCAUUUGACUUCACCCAUAAGAAGCAGAGUGGCGGCUCCGGGCAGUACGGUAAAGUCAUCGGGGUCCUCGAGCCUCUCGAGUCAGACCAUUACACCAAACUGGAGUUUGAAGAUCAAACUGUUGGAACCAACGUCCCAAAGCAGUUUGUGCCAGCUGUUGAAAAGGGCUUCAAGGACGCCUGUGAGAAGGGCCCUCUGAGCGGGCACAAGAUCUCAGGAGUCCGAUUCCUCCUGGAAGACGGAGCGCACCACAUGGUCGACUCCAAUGAGAUCUCCUUUAUCCGCGCAGGAGAGGGCGCUCUAAAACAAGCUAUGGAAAAGGCCAACGCAGUGAUCCUGGAGCCAAUCAUGUCCGUGGAAGUCGUUGCACCCCAGGAGUUUCAAGGAGCCGUCAUUGCUGGAGUAAACCGCCGCCACGGCGUCAUCACAGGACAGGAUGGGGGUGAAGGAUACUUCACUCUUUAUGCUGAUAUCCCACUAAAUGACAUGUUUGGUUACGCCACAGAGCUGCGCUCUUGUUCUGAGGGGAAAGGAGAGUACACCAUGGAGUACAGCAGAUAUCAGCCCUGCCUGCCCGCCACACAAGAAGAACUCAUCCACAAAUACUUGGAGGCUACAGGACAGCUGCCAGCGAAGAAGAACAAGUGGAAGAGCUGAACUCAUCAUUUUCUCCUCAUCCUCAACCACGGCUCUACACAAAAACAAGAUUUGACUUUCCUUUAGUUGUUUAAUCCCCCCUCCUAAUGUCUGCCUCACGUGGAAAGACUAUUUAUUACCUGCAUUUUAGCAACAGUUAAGUCUGCAGGCAGCGUUUAAGCUCAGAGUUUUGACUUGAGCUUAUAAUGGCUUUUGUACUAUGUACAGAAAGGUCUUUAUGUUAUAAUGAUUGCAACAAAGACGUAUUACCUUCAAGUGUA